AAUCUUUUCUCAACUCCCUUCCCUCCCAAAAAAAUCACCCGAUAAAUUACGGUAGCGAGGAGACAGUGGCAAUCAGCCAAUCACCGACGUCGCACACCUCCUCCCGGCGACCAGAAUUUGUCGGAAAAGAAUAACUUUCGAACAGACACCUUCCAAACCCCAAAUUCUAGGGUUUAAGUUUGUAAUCUUCAGUGAUAAUAUUGUUCAAUCACUUUCAAAAUUCACGGGGAAGAAAAAUUAAGAGGUUUGAUCUCUUUUGCACUCAUUUUCUUCUUCAAUUUUCGUUGAAUUUGUUCGUUUCUAUCUCAAAUUUCAAGCUCAAAUUAUUACUUUACUGGGUUUUAUUGGUUAAGAAAGCCAAAUUAUUAUUGGGCAUUGAUUAGGUUUUUCUUCUCCCAUCGGAUUAGCAUUGUCUCUAACAGAAGCUUCAUCCAUACCACCAGGAAACAUAUAUAUCAGGGUUACCUAAGUGAAUCCUAGAAUACGAAACCGCCAAUUUCUUGGAUUGAUUACAUACUAAGUCCAUUUCGGAAAAUCAUUCCAAACCCGGUCAAUCAAAACCCUUGCCAUCAUAACGGCAAUUCCUUGCCUUCGCUGAGAACUCCAGAGCUAUUUGAUAUCUUCUGUCGGUGUCUUUUCGACUACCCACCAACAACGACGAUGAAGUAGAAAAGGGGACGCAAGUUUGCUUCGGACGUUAGACAACUUGAGCGACGAGGCCAUCUUGCACCUACCCUGCAGCAGUUAAUUCCAGGUUUUGUUUAUGUUAGGAUGGAAAACAAUGGAAAUGGGUCAUUUCUCCCUGACGACGACGAUGAAGAGGAACACGAGGAAGCUGGUGGAGGUAAUGGGCUAUUGGGAUUUAUGUUUGGGAAUGUUGACAAUUCUGGUGAACUCGAAGUUGAUUACCUUGAUGAGGAUGCAAAAGAGCAUCUUGACGCACUGGCUACCAAACUGGGACCAUCUCUCACUGUCAUGGAUUUUUCAGGAAGAUCCCCACAGACAUCAGCUGCUACUUCUGCGGUUGAAGAAGAUUACGAUGAAAAGGCUGUAGACGCAGUUGAUUAUGAAGAUAUUGAUGAGCAGUAUGAGGGUCCUGAGAUAGACACUGCUACCGAGGAAGAUCAUCUAUUGCCAAAAAGAGAAUAUUUGACAGCUGAUGUUUCAGCAGCUACUUUGGAGCAGAAGUCGUUCGUUUUUGAUGACGAAAAUUAUGAUGAAGAUGUGGAUGAUGAAAAGGAAUCUGAUGCUGUCACCCUUGAAUCUGUAGUUAAAACUCCUGUUGUGCCAGACCCAGUUUUGAAGCCAGAGGAUGAUGAGAAUAUUGAGCUAGUGGAUAACAAUUUGGAGAUUCAAGCAAAUGCUUCACCAGUGGAUAAUGCUGGUUAUGAUACAUCAGUCAAUCAAGAAAUCUAUCAUGAAUCACUUAUGGAUCCUGGUGCAGUUCAGCCUGAAAUUGCUACUGGUGUCACUGAAUUUCAAAUGGAAGAACCUGUGAUUUCUCAUGAUACAGCUGAUACUAAAAGCUUGACGCGGAUGCCUAUUUUGUGUGUAGAAGAUGGGGUGGUUAUUUUGAAGUUUUCUGAAAUUUUUGGUGUUAGUGAGCCCUUGAAAAAGGCUAGAAGGAGGGGGCACAGGCAUUCCGUUCCUAAAGACAAGUAUAUUACUCUUGAUGCAUCACACAUGGUUGAGGAGGAUGAGGAGGAAUUCCUUAGAGGAACCUGCCAAGUGUUUUCUGACAGUAAACUUUUACAAGAAACACAAGAUCAUUAUGAAGUAUUAUUGAAUGAUGACUCUAAUUUUGAAGACAGGCAUAUUGUUCAUGAUGAGAAGAAAGACUCUUGUCUAAGUUCAGAACCUAUGAGAAAAGAUUCAACCUUUGAUUUUUCUGCUGAACGAAAGUCAUGCAUGCCUAUGGAAUUUCACUCACUUGAUCAGCAGGACUGGGAAGAUAAAAUCAUUUGGGGAAACUCCCCUGCACUGAGUCCAAAUACCGUAGAGAGUUGUGAACUUUCUGGACCUGAUUCUGACUCUCUUACUCAUGAAGAGAAAGAAAUCAUGUCAAGGCCCUAUGAGCAGUUGUCUGACUCCAAAGUUACGCCACAUGAGAAGGAUAAAGGGGGUUGUAGUAGUUUAAUGAACUUCUCCGUGGAACCAUUUGGUUCUAGAGAUUCUGCUCGUGCUGCCUGCUCAGAGAGCUUGUGCCAUCCUCAACUCUUGAGAUUAGAAUCUAGAUUGGAAAAUGAGUCUUCAAAUCUUUCUGAUACGAGGAAGGGAAAUGAAUCAGAAGAGCCUGAACAGCUUGACUUUAUGAAGCGAUUUAAACAACUUACGUUACAGAACAAAGAGUUAGUUGAAGGAUCUUGGAUCAAGAAUAUAAUAUGGGAGUCUGGAAAGCCAGUGAUGAAACCAAAGCUAAUAUAUGAUCUUCAAGACGAGCAUAUGGUGUUUGAACUUUUAGACAAUAACGACUAUGAGCAUCUACAGGUUCAUGCUGGGGCAGUGAUUACUACACGAAUGGGAAACACUGGUGCUGAAGUUUACGAAAUACCUGAUCAUUUGAUGUUAUCUAGUGGACGAUUUAAUAUUGCUAAUGACAAAUAUUACUCAAAACGAAAAACUUCACCACAGUUAAAGUCGCUUUCGAAGAAACGAACUGCUCACAGUGUGAAAAUUUUGCAUUCAAUCCCUGCAUCGAAGCUGCAAACUAUAAAACCUAGACUGAGCAACAAGGAUAUUGCUAAUUUUCAUCGACCAAAAGCAACAUGGUAUCCUAAUUUCAGUGAGUUAGCUGCUAAACAGCUAGAAAAUCUUCCUAUGCAAGGGCCUAUGAGGGUUAUACUGAAGAGUCUGGGUGGCAAAGGGAACAAAAUCAACGUGGAUGCAGAAGAAACUAUUACCUCAUUAAAAGCAAAGGCUUCUAAAAAGCUCGAUUUUAAAUUGAAUGAAGCUAUUAAAAUAUUCUAUAUGGGAAAAGAGCUUGACGACCAGAGGACCCUGGCUGCACAGAAUGUGCAGCCUAAUUCAUUGCUUCAUCUUGUCCGUACAAAGAUACAUUUGUUGCCAAUUGCACACAAACUUCCUAACGAGAGCAAGUCCUUGCGUCCACUUGGGGCUUUUAAGAAAAAAUCUGAUCUUUCACUCAAAGAUGGUCAGGUUUUCCUAAUGGAGUACUGUGAAGAAAGACCUCUGUUGGUUGGUAAUGUUGGAAUGGGUGCAAGACUCUGUACUUACUAUCAGAAAUCAUCUUCAGAUGAUCAAAAUGGUGAUACACUACGAAAUAUGAAUGGUAGUUUGGGGGCAGUUCUUGCACUUGACCCGGCUGAUAAAUCCCCCUUUCUUGGAGAUAUAAAACCGGGUUGUAGUCAAUCAUGUAUUGAGACAAACAUGUAUAGAGCACCUAUAUUUCCUCAUAAAGUUGCUUCAACUGACUACCUAUUGGUUCGAUCACCUAAGGGGAAGUUAUCCAUUAGACGAAUCAAUAAGAUUCAUGCUGUUGGUCAGCAGGAACCGCACAUGGAAGUUAUGUCUCCUGGUGCCAAGGGUCUUCAAACUUUUAUGAUUAAUAGGCUUUUGGUGUAUAUGUAUCGUGAGUUUCGUACUGCUGAAAAACGUGGAAUGCUUCCUUGGAUCCGCGUUGAUGAGUUGUCUGCACAUUUUCCUAACAUCGCAGACCAUUUUCUUCGGAAAAAGGUGAAGCAUUGUGCGGAUGUACAGAGAGGGCCAAAUGGGCAGUCUUAUUAUGUUAUGAGACGUAAUUUCCACAUUCCACCAGAGGAAGAGCUUAGACGGAUGGUGACACCUGAAACAGUUUGCACCUAUGAAAGCCUACUGGCAGGUCUUCAUCGCCUUAAGCGUCUUGGAAUAACAAGAUUGGCUCAUCUAACAGGCCCAACACAGCUUGCUGCGCUUUCAUCUGCAAUGAAUCAGCUUCCUGAUGAAGCAAUUGCCCUGGCUGCAGCGUCACACAUUGAGAGAGAACUGCAGAUAACUCCAUGGAACCUAACUGCCAAUUUUGUUGCUUGUACCAGUCAGGAUAGAGAAAAUAUAGAGCGGCUGGAGAUUUCUGGUGUUGGUGAUCCAUCUGGUCGAGGUUUAGGCUUCAGUUAUGUUCGUGUUGCUUCAAAGCCUCCAUUAUCGAACGCCCUGGUGAAGAAAAAGCCUGCUGUACCCCGUGGUACUACCGUCACAGGGACAGAUGCUGAUCUUCGCAGAUUGAGCAUGGAGGCCGCAAGAGAGGUUCUUUUGAAAUUCAACAUACCUGAGGAACAGAUCGAAAAAUUGUCUCGUUGGCAUCGUAUUGCAUUGAUUCGCAAGCUCUCUAGUGAACAAGCUGCCUCAGGAGUCAAGGUUGACCCAACAACUAUUAGUAAAUAUGCACGAGGACAGAGAAUGUCAUUUCUCCAGCUUCAACAGCAGACCCGAGAAAAAUGUCAGGAAAUUUGGGAUCGGCAGAUUCAAUCUCUUUCAGCAGCUGAUGGUGACGAAAAUGAGAGCGAUUCUGAAGCAAAUAGUGAUCUGGAUUCUUUUGCUGGAGAUCUAGAAAAUUUACUUGAUGCAGAAGAAGGCGAAGAAGGUGAAGAGGGUAACUUAGAGAUGAAAAAUCACAAGUCUGAUGGAGUUAAGGGGCUAAAAAUGAGACGUCAUACAUCUCAGGCUCGGUUGGAAGAGGAAAUAGAAGAUGAAGCAGCCGAAGCUGCAGAAUUAUGCAGGAUUGUCUUGGACGAUGAUGAAGCUGAGUGGAAGAAAAAAAAGAAACCAAGGCCUAGAGGAGAGGCACUUGGACCAAUGCGAGGUCCUCAGUUGAGUUUUGGCUUUGAUAACGCAGAGCGAGUCAAGAAGCCUUUUACCAUGGUGAAGCAUAUAGAUAUGCCUGUUGUACCUGAUGGUGUAAUAAUGGGAAAGCAGAAUGCUGAUCUGGAGGAGGUUGAAAAGUUGUUUUCUAAAAAACCUAUGUCAACAAAGGCAAAAGCAGCAAAAAAGAAUGAAGCCUUGCCUGUGGAUCUACAGAAUAAAAAAAUCAAAAUAAUGACCGAAGGGAUUAAGGGCUAUAAGGAAAAGAAAUCAGCUCGGGAUAGUUUUGUUUGUGGUGCCUGUGGAAAGCUUGGUCAUAUGCGGACAAACAAGAACUGCCCCAAAUAUAGAGAGGAUUCAGAAGUUCAGGUAAACAACCUAGAUCAAGAAAAGGACGUAGCUAAAAUUAUAUAUCAGGACCUCCCUACUCAGUCUCAGCCGAAGACUACAUCUAAGAAGCUCAUGACUAAAAAUGUGAUGAAAGCUUCUCAAGUAGAAGGGCUUGAAGGGGAAAAGUCUAGUUCGAAGACCAAGGUUUUGAAAGUUAGAUAUACCACUGCAGAUAAGGUUCCUGAUAAAGUUACUUCUGGUCCAUUGCCAAUUUUGGAGCAGCCAAGCACUUCUGAAGCUGAAGCUGUAAAUAAAUCUGCUCCUAAAGUUAUUAAAAUUAUAAGCAACAAAAUGAAGCCUGAUGAUGUUCAGCCUGAAUCUGCAAAGCUAAAUGUUAUUAUACGGCCACCAAGCGAAACAGGCAAAGAACAUCAUCAUCAUAAAAAAAUCACCAUCAAACAACCCAAAGAAGUCAUAAAUCUCGACCACUCCAGUCAGGAAGGACCUGAUACAGAUUACAGAAAGACUAGGAAAAUGAUCGAAUUAACAGGAUUCGGAGUAAACAGACAGCAAGAGAGCUGGUCUUUUAGUGAGGAAGCAAUUAGAAAGAAAAAUAAAGAAGCUAAACGUAUGUGGGAGGAGGAAGAAAAAAGAAACGCGGAGAGAAAUAGGGAAGAACAAGCAAGAAGGAUUUACGAAGAAGAAAUGUCUCAAAUGAGAUUGCAAGAAGAGCGAGAUAGACUGGCUGAGCUGAGAAAAUAUGAAGAAGAUAUACGUAGAGAAAGGGAAGAAGAAGAAGAAGAAAGAAAAGCUAUUAAGAAGAAAAAGAAAAAAAAGAGAACUGCUGACUUGAAAGACCACUUGGAGGGUUUCCCAGCAAAAAGGAAUAACAGACUUUUGCCAGAAAGGGAAAGAAGUGCUAAGAGGAAGAAUGUUGUUGACUUGGGGAGUUAUGGUGUGGAGUUUGCCCCACCUAUUAAGCGGCGUAGAGGAGGAGAGGUUGGGCUAGCUAAUAUUUUGGAGAGCAUUGUUGAAAGUCUGAAAGAGAGAAUGGAUGUGUCAUAUCUUUUCUUAAAACCUGUAUCAAAGAAAGAGGCUCCUGACUAUCUGAACAUCAUUGAGCGGCCGAUGGACCUUUCGACAAUUAGAGACAGGGUUAGAAGGCUCGAGUACAAAGACAGACAAGAAUUUCGUCAUGAUGUUUGGCAAAUUGCCUAUAAUGCCCAUAUGUAUAAUGAUGGCAGAAAUCCAGGUAUCCCACCCCUUGCAGAUCAGCUAUUGGAGCUUUGCGAUUAUUACUUGGAUGAAAAUGCUGAUAACUUAGAAGAGGCAGAGUCUGGUAUCCAAGAUUAGUGAUUUAAGUGUCCAUUUGUUGUUGUACAUACUAUAAUCACACCCGAUUUUGCUUUGUUGCCCUUAGGUCCAAGUGUUGUUGGUAAAUAAUUUGAUCGGUAUGAGCUUGUACAUAUUUUGAUCGGUAAAUUUUUAGCCUUAGAUGUUAUAGUUACAACAAUAUACAUACUGCCAUACUUGUAAUUCAAAGAUCUAUCCAGAAGCAUUGAUUUAAUUUGUACUAA